CGAGAAGCUACUCUUGUGAACAUUAAACAUGAAUUAUUUAAAGAAGCCCGGAAAUACCCUCUUCACCAUCUACUUCAGGAUGAGUCUUCUUAUAUUUUUGUCAGCGUUACACAAGAGGCAGAAAGAGAGGAAUUCUUUGAUGAAACACGCCGCCUAUGUGACCUUCGGCUGUUCCAGCCUUUUCUUAAAGUAAUUGAGCCUGUAGGAAAUAGGGAAGAGAAAAUUCUUAACCGAGAAAUUGGUUUUGCCAUAGGAAUGCCAGUGUGUGAAUUUGACAUGGUGAAGGAUCCAGAGGUUCAGGACUUUAGGAAAAAUAUCCUCAAUGUUUGUAAGGACGCGGUUGAACUUCGUGAUGCAAAUGGCCCUAUUAGCAGAGCACUUUACGUUUACCCACCUAAUGUUGAAUCCUCCUCAGAGCUUCCCAAGCACAUAGAAAGCAAACUAGACAAAGGACAAAUAAUUGUGGUGAUUUGGGUCAUUGUGUCUCCCAACAAUGAGAAACAAAAAUACUCUCUGAAGAUUAACCAUGACUGUGUACCAGAACAUGUAAUAGCAGAAGCAAUAAGAAAAAAGACAAGAAGUAUGUUGUUGUCUACUGAGCAGCUGAAGCUUUGUGUCCUUGAAUACCAGGGGAAGUAUAUACUAAAAGUCUGUGGCUGUGAUGAAUACUUGCUUGAAAAGUAUCCCCUAAGUCAAUAUAAGUAUAUAAGGAGCUGUAUAAUGCUUGGCCGGAUGCCCAAUUUAAUGUUAAUGGCAAAAGACAGCUUAUACAACCAGAUUCCAGUGGACACCUUUACAAUGCCCUCUUACUCAAGACGAAUUUCAACGGCAACACCAUAUAUGAAUGGAGAAGCCUCUGCUAAAUCGCUGUGGGCCAUCAACAGCAAUCUCCGAAUAAAAAUUCUCUGCGCAACAUAUGUCAAUGUGAACAUCAGAGAUAUUGACAAGAUCUAUGUUCGAACUGGCAUAUAUCAUGGAGUUGAGCCAUUGUGUGACAAUGUCAACACUCAGAGGGUUCCUUGUUCAAAUCCCAGGUGGAAUGAGUGGCUUUUGUAUGACAUGUAUAUCCCUGAUCUGCCCAGGGCAGCUCGUCUUUGUCUGUCCAUUUGUUCGGUGAAGGGCAGAAAGGGUGCCAAAGAGGAACACUGUCCGUUGGCCUGGGGCAAUAUAAAUUUGUUUGAUUAUACAGACACACUAGUUUCUGGAAAAAUGGCCUUGAAUUUGUGGCCAGUGCCUCAUGGACUGGAAGAUCUGCUAAACCCUAUUGGUGUUACAGGGUCGAACCCAAACAAGGAAACACCUUGCUUGGAACUUGAAUUUGACUGUUUCAGUAGCCCAGUAAAGUUCCCUGAUAUGCCAACGAUAGAAGAUCAUGCAAAUAAAGUUUUAGAAAGAGAAAUGGGCUACAAUUAUAGCCAUUCUGGA